CAAUUAACAAGUCAUUGUGUAUCAGAAUAAAGGUAAACCGCCAAUUUUUCGUUUGUUUUGUUUGUCGUCUGGACAUUUGUGUGCUACGGUGCUUUCAUUUUUGCUCUACCCAUAACGAUUACGUGUCGAUCUAAUCGUCUUAUAAUAUUUUCCAUCCCACUAUUCCUUACAACUUUUACACAUUAUUAAUUCUUUGCCGUGUGCUUGCAAUACAAUCGCACAUUUUAUUUGUUUACUCAAUUCAUCGUCAACCUAAUUAUUUUGCACGUAAGCAAUAUACCUAUUUGUAGUUAUAUUGGUAUACAAAUAUGUAAGUACCUAUUUUGUAUAUAAUUUUUUAAAUUGAAAAUGUUUCACCUUCGUUAAGUUGGUUCACGCAGUUAAUAAAUGUUUUUUGUCUCCAACAUGGAUAUAUUACCUAUAGUUAUGUGAUAUUAUUAAUCAUAAGACAAUACGUUUUCGUCCCCUGUCAUAAUGAUACUCUAUAAUAAGGAAGUGGAGGUAGUAGCAUUUAUACAAAUCUAGUAAAAUGUAUUAAUUUGUAUAAGUAAUAUUUCUUGAAUGUUCAUUAGACAUAGGUUAUUUAUGCUACUUUUAUUAGACAUAGUUUUAGCUAUAUUUUAACCUGAAGAUCUCCAAUUCAAAUUCAAGGGUUUAUAACAAUUAAAAUUGAAUUGGUAGGUAUUUUUCCAUAAUACACAAGGCAAAUUAAUUAGCUAUAUGCUAAUUUUAAUAAAAUAAUUAACUUCAGGUGUAUCCAGAGGUGUACGUAUAUGUAUAUAUUAUUUACUGAAUUUGAAUCAAUCUUUAUCUGUAAUUUGUUACUUAAUAAGUAUUACCUAUUAAUCAUAUUUUAUGGGUAGGUAUCUACAAAAUUAUCUAAUUUAUUAUUUAUUUUGUGCAUUCAAUUUAAUCAAUGUUUAAUCGUAUUUGUUUUAGAUUUGUUUGUUUACUAGUUAAUAAUUACAAUGGAACAUUAUAUUGUCAGCAGCAAUACUGCAUUAGAACUGAAACUCGGUAAUUGCAUACAUUUUCAUGAUUACAUUGUUGAUUAAAUUUAUAUUUCAAUUUUAAUUUAUUAUAGUUCGUAAAGGGAGUGACAUACAUGAUUCCAAAGCAGCAUUUUACCCGGAUAUGACUUACCAAGUAUUUGGAAAUGUGUAAGUAUUUAAAUUAGUAAAUAUAAUAACAUUUAAAUCAAUUACAUAUUGUUUUAGCUUAAUAUUUAUUUUAUUCCAGGGAAAAAAUAUUUGGUUACAAAGACCUUGUUAUUAAGAUGUAUUAUGCAGCGUGUUCUCUCAAACUGUAUAUUAAUAUUAGUUAUUCUUCAAAAGUGAAUCCUGAACAAUUUGGUGUAACUGUAAGUAUUCAGAUUUUAUGUUCAAAGUAAUUCAAGAUACCUAAGAAUUAUAAUGAUAAUCAGGGUUGGGAUUUUAUAGUAGUUGCAUAAUUCUUAUAAGGUGCUUAAGAAAAUUUACAGUAACCUUAAAAUUUGUUUCAUGACUCAGAAAACAAAGGCCACUCUCCCACUAAUUGGUAAUUUUUAUUGUGUCUGUUUUUCCAAUAUAUAUAAAUAGAACUUCUUCCAUACAUGCAUUGUGACUAUUGUGGCGACAAUAAGAAUUGCACGCCACAGAAAUUUUCAGUUUCAUUGUAAUAGAUAGUCAUCUACAACUCUGGUGAAUAUUGCCAAAAAAGACUAUCCUAUUUUUCAAAAAUGCUUGAAUAAGCGAAUCUUCACGAAACUCGUGUAUGAUGAUUUCAUAAUUUUUAUUUUAGUUGCAUCAUGUCAAUCGCAUUGUGCUAGUGGGGGAAUAGCCUAAAUCAGUGGUUCUUAACCUCUUUUAGUUCAGCGCCCCCUUUAUCGUAAUAACUAACUGCUAACGCCCCCUCAUGUAAAAUCAAAUUUUAUUUUUAUAAAUAUAUAGAUAUUUAUUUAUUCAUUGGUAUAUAUGCAUAUAUGUAUAUAUGUAUAUAUGUAUAACAUUAUUAAUUAAAGUAUAAACUCUUAUUUUUAGAUAGUAAUGGUUAUAUUUUACACCACUUAACAAAACAAUUUUACUUAUUUUACUUUACUAUACAAAAAGAUUUACUUAACUAUGAAAAAAAAAGUUAUAAAAUAUAAAAAUUAUACCAAUCAAUGACUGCCCUGAGUCUGAUGAGUAGCUGCUAAUUUGGUUUUGUCUGAUUUGAUAUUGGUCAAAGCUAAUCGUAGAUCACCUUUGUUGCAAAUGUCCAAUCGAUUUCUUUGUUUGGUCAAAAGCUGAACAACAAUGCUGAAUCCUUUUUCAACUAGAUAAGUUGACGGAAAAGAGAGAAGCAACAAUUUAACUUGUUGCCAUAGUUGUGGAUAAGUGUCUUUAAGCUUGAUCCAGGCAAGCUCAUAACCGACUUGCUUAAAAACAAGUUGUGCCUCACAGUUGUGUUUAAGAUCGAUAAACUCCAUUUGUAAAUGAGGUUCGAGAUCUUCCACAGAUUCAAACGAAAAUGGAUCUAAAAUCCAAUUACAGAUUUGUAACUCAAGUAGGUCUUGAAAUCUUGAUUUCAUGUCUUUUGAGCUGCAAAAUAUGAUCAGUGAAAAUUAGAAUUUUGUCAUCUGGAAUUAAACCCUUUGUGUCUGAACACGACUUGAGAUUCGGAAACUGACUCAGUUCUUGACAAUUUAUGUGUGUUCUGUAAAGAUCAAACUUAAAAAUGAAUGAGGAAAUUAUUCCUUUGGNGUUGCUUCAAAUUGUCUUUUAAGACAGGAUCAAUUUUAUUGAAAAAUUUAAUGAUAGAGUCAAAUAAUACAAAAACGACAUAAACAUUUUCCUUUGGAAAGCCACCUUACUGCAGUAUGCAAAAGUAAUCUUUCAAAAUCUUCAUCAUUAUCAUGACAAAGUUCUUGAAACAUACGGUCAUUGAGUGAACUUGCUUUAAUCUUGUUUACAGCUCUUAUGACGAAUUGAAGGGUUUCGUGCAGGACACCGAUUAAGUUUUUAGCAGCUAAAUGUUGGCGAUGUAUAAUACAAUGAACACAAAUAACACCUGGGACGGCUUUUUUUAGGUGGGCUAUAAACCCAACAUGACAGCCAGUCAUUGAAGGAGUGCCAUCCGUUGUGCAUGCAAUAAUAUUUGUCAAGGGGAUAUUUUUUCUGGUAAAAUAUUCCUCCACCACUUGAAAAAUCGAUGAUCCUUUGGUAUCAGUGAUCAAACUUGUAGCAAACAAUACUUCCUCGAUUUCUUUAAUAAUGUUCAUUAAUAAACCUCACGUAAGCUAGUUAUUAUCUGUCACAGUUGAUUCGUCAAUCUAAAUUGUAUCAAUUAUUUCCUUGAGAGCCAGUAAAAUAAGAGUUUCAACGAUUGAAUGAGGUUUAUUGUUUUUUGCUAUCAAUAAGGACACCUUGUACGAAGUGAGAAAUCAUUUAUCAAGAUCAGAUGUUUGUAUUUUAAAUAAACUAUUCACAGUAGAUCGUUUUUCAAUUUUUGCUUUAAGAGCCUGAAAAAAAAAGAAAGUGGUUUCUCCAGUUUAUCGGAAUGAAUUUUUGAUUUAUGAUCUUUCAAUCUUGAUGGCUUCAUUGCCUCAUUUGAAAAUGUUUUUUCACAUAUAAGGCAAAACUGUAACUGUACAUUAAGUGGUGAUGCGAUAAAACCAAACUUUAGGUACUCUACUAAAUACUGACAGCACUUCUUUUUUGCACUAUGAUCACUCAUUAUAAAAAUAUUUAUAUUUCAAAUUACUUAGUUAAAAUUAAGUCUGUUAAUUUUGUCAAACACACUCGUUUAUUCGAAAGCGUAGCGAUAUCAAUCACGCACUACAAGAUACAGUAUACAAUAGUCUAGUAAUGGUUGAAAAUGUAAAAAUUAAUCUAUUAUAAACAAGACCUUUUAUGUUCUCGAUAUGUAAAAUGCGAUUAGAUAUAUACAUGCGAGUACAUAUAUAUAAAUAAUUACAAAAAAUACAUACAUUGUAUCGCAUAAUAUGAAUUUAUUUGGGUUAUUCCUAUAUGAAAUAUCGAGAACAAUUAUAUGUAGUGGUAGUCGGUAUCGAGUCAUUACUGUUUUAUCCUCUAUACACAUAGCAUUAUCGCCGUUUCCCCAUAAUUUUUAAAUCAUUUUUAUAAUCAUAAUUUUUAAACUCAUAUAAGUACAAUUUAUUAAUGUAGUUAUAUACAAAUAGGUGUCCACCGAAAAAUAUAUUUCCGUGAUUGUCCAAUUAUUUGUAGUGUUAUAUAAUAUUAAUAAAUUGUUUUAUUUUUAAUCUCAGAGUUUCAAAAAGCUCAACGCCCCCUUCAAAACUAUCGCCCCCCCAGAAAGACCGAAAUGCUCCCAAAGGGGUGGUAUCGCCCCGGUUAAGAACCACUGGCCUAAAUGAUAAAAUUGUAUUUUGCAUAUUUGGCAAUUUUUGAGAUUUUUGUACUACUUUUACCGGUUCUUAUAUCAAAAUGAGUUAUAAGUUAAAUUUUAUCUAAUAAACAAUAAUUAAUAAUAACUUAAUUAUUAUUUACUAUAAAUUAUAAUUUAUAAUAUAUUAACAAUUAAAAUCUUAAUAUUAUUUAGUGUUUCUAGAUUAUUGUCAUUCAAAUUUUUUAAUUAAAUAUAGAUUAAGUAAACAGAUUAUGCAAGGAGGUAUCUUAUUUUGUUAUUUUAUAUGACUAUGAUUAAUAUUAAGUCCUAUGAGUGUUGGAAGCCUUGUAUAGUGUACUUAGUUUACUACAGUUAAUGUAGUUUACUAAAUACAGUAAACUAAAUAAGUAAACAUAGGUUAUUAUUUUGUCAAAUAUAUGAAUGUAAAAUAACCAGUGUGAGAAGAUUUAAUAUAAUUCAGCAUUUAAAAAUAGAUAAACAUUUUCACAUAAAAAAAGGUCAUCUAAAUAAAAAAAAAAAAAAACUAACUCAUAAAUAAUACUUAUUAAAUUUCUGUUUUUCUUUGUUUACAUAUUUUUUUUAUCACAUAUUUACCUAUAUUUAAGCUCAUAUUACAGUGUAUAUUUAUGUAAUUUUAAGUACUAUAAAAUCCCCACCCUGGUGAUAAUAAAUUAUUUUUGAAAACAAACUUUGUAUGUGAUAAUAUAUGUAAAUAGCAUUACUACUAUGUUAAUAAAAUAAAUAUUUAUAUUAAAAAUAAGAAUAAUGCAUUUUAAAAGUAACAAAAUAUCAGCUAUAGUUAUAAAAAAAAAAUACCUAUAAGAAUAUAAAAUAAAUUCAUUAACAAGAAAUAUUGUUUUUUUUUCACCAUUGAUUGAAUUCAAAUUUGUAACAUACUCAUCAUAUAAUGGCAUAGCUAUUUUAAAUUUCUUUCAAUUAUUGGAUGCAAAUAGAAUUCUUCAAAUUAUAGUAAUUUAAAUUUGAUAAAAAUACUAUAAUUUAAAAUUUAUUAAAUGAAAUUAAUUUAAGUAGACUCAUUUUAAUUAUUUUAUUUGGUUCUGAGAUCUUGAAAUAAAUAUUAAUUAUUGCAAGUAUUAUUAUUCAAUUAAAAUGUUAAUUUUAUAGGCAGACAAUAUAAUGGAUAAGCUUAAAAGUUACAUCAGCCCUAGCUUUUUUACAAAUAUUGAUUUAUUUGAAAAAUGUCUUGAAGAUGAAUCUCGUUAUAAACCUUUUGGAAUUCAACUCGAUCAGUUUUUUUUGAGUAAGCUAUUUAUUUUUAUUUAAACUUUAAUAUUUUUAAUGGUAUUUUUAACUUCUGUAUUAGACAUUAAAGAUGAAAAACAAGUGUUUGAAGUAUAUGUAGUUGAAGGUGAAAAUAGUUUGUUUAAAGAAUAUUUUGAUCAACUUCAGACAUUUGUAUUGUGGUACAUUGAUUCCUCAAAUUUUAUUGAUAUUGAUGACACAAAAUGGACAAUUUUUAUAAUGUAAGUUGUAAUAUAAUUUUUUAUUAUGUAUUUUAUUGUCACUGGAAAUUUUACAAUUAAAAGUAAAUAAAAUUAGUACUGGUUAUGAUAUCACUAUGAUUAAACUUUUGAAUUAGAAUUUUGUGAUAAAAGCUUUCAAUAGUCAAUAUACAGGUUAUAAUAGGACUAUUUAACAAAGGUUAUAAGGUUAUAACCUAUUUUUCUAUUGAAUAUUUAAAGUUUUUUGUCUAAUUACUAGAGCUCUGAGCUAUAAUUUAUACAGUUUAAUUUAUUACAUUACAACUAGAAAUUUAAGUUUAGAUUUUUUAUAAUCAAAGAUAGCUAAAUUAUAAGCUAACUGUUAAAUAAAUUAUUGAUGUUUGAGAAUUAAUUUUUAAACAAUGUUUAAAGUUUGUUAAAAUUAAAAUGUAUUUCUUGCUAAUUUUGCUAUCAAUAACUGAUGAACAGACUUUCAGCUAAAUUAAUAUGAUAUGAAUAUUAUCUUCAAUAUUAUAUAUCAAAUUGGACAAAAUUUCAUGGAAAAAUCAAAUUAACCAUUUGAAAAUUUAAAGAUGUCAUGUUUCAACAAACUUUAAAAAUUGUUUAAAAACAAUUGAUUUAACUUUGAUAAAAAUGUUGACUCCAAAAUGAGAUUUACAAAAUAGCUAUCCCGAUUUUUUUUUUUUAAAUUUUAAAUACAAUUAUACAUUUUUUAGUUUACAUUCUUAAAAAUUUAACUAAAACCUAUUUAAAUUAUAGUGCAAAGAUGUAAUAAUAAUUAAAAACAAUUUUUUUUUUCAAAUAUUCAAUUGAAAAAGUUAAUAUAUUUGUUAAAUAGUCCUGUUACACUGUAUUUUAUCAUUUAUUUUUCCUAUUUUGUUUUAGAGAUAAACUACAUUUGAAUACAAAAAAAAAUCGGUAAAAAUAACUAAUAUAUUGACUUUGAUUGUUUAAUCCAUGUUAAGAUACAUUUAUUUAUAUUAUUUCUUUGGAAACGGGGAUAACUUUGAUUUGACUCAUUUGUCAAAUUAAUUGGUGAUCGCAAAAAUCACACUUGUUACAAGAAGUCAAUUUUAUAUGGGGUACACAAAAUUAAUUUCUAGGUCCAGGUUAUGUAUAGUUUUUUUUAACACACCGGAAUUUCAGAACUUAUUUAAACACACAAGGAGCAGUUGGUUUUUACACACAAAAUGCACUUAUUAUAGUUGACAAAAUAAUAGAAAUUAAAAUGAUUUCAUUCAAAAUUUUGUAAAGUGUAGUUUUUACAAUCACUGAUUCAAAUAAUUUAAAUCUAGCCCAAUCUUUGGUUAUAGGCCUGUAAUUUCUAAUUAAGCUACAAUCAUUAAACUUUGAGAUAGGAAAAAUAUUACAAUAUUACAAUACUUCUAAACUGCUAAGGAAAAUGUUUUCUUCUAAGACAUUACAAAUCAACAUAUAACUGCAUUAUUUUAACAAUAGAAUAGGUAUGAGGUCUGGGCAAGGAUUAGUAUCAGAUUUUAAAUGUCUUAGUUUUAUAAUAUUUCUUCCAAAGAAAGUGAAAUAUUAUAUGUUACAAUCAUCAGUAUCGUUACCAUUCCUAUGAAUAGUACUAACUGGAUGAUAAAAACAGAGUUGAAGUAGUUGUUACACAUUUCUUUUAUUUUAAAUGAAAUAUAAUUUUGUAUAUUGCCAUCGUAAAUUAAUAAGAUAUUGUAAUUAUCUUGUUUUUUAUCUAUAAUAUAAUUCCAUAAAUAACAGAAAUUAAUUUUUUUAUAGGGUCCAGUUGUAUAUAAUUUCAAAUAUUUGAAUGUUUUAUAUUUUUGUCUUACAUCUGCAAAUUUGAUAAAUAUAUAUUAAUAUAUAAUAUUAAUUAAUAAUAUGUAUAUAUAUAUAAAUAUAUUAUUUACAAUCAGCACAUGUUUUAGUACAGAUAUUUAAAUUUAUUUUAUUAAAAAUUUAAAUUUCUGUUGUAAUUAAUAAAAAUACAUAUAAUUAUCAUUGCUAUUAAGUAUAGUAGGUAAUAAAUAAUAAUAAUAAAAUGUAUUUACACUAUUAAUGUAAAUGAAAAGUGUAUUUUAUUUUAUUAAAUAAUGUGUAAUUUAAGAUAUGAAAUCUUCAAAAACGAAAAUGGUGAUAAGUGUUACUCACCAGUGGGAUAUUCAACUGUUUAUGAAUAUUAUGCUUACCCAGAUAAAAUUAGACCAAGAAUUAGUCAAAUGUUAAUUUUACCACCAUUUCAAAGAAAAGGAUUGUGUGCUAAAUUGUUGAACUCUUUGUAUAAACAUUAUGCUACCAAAGCUGAUGUUGUUGAUAUUACAGGUAUAUAAAAAUUUGUCUUAUUUAAUUUUGUCUAAUGGAUUUUUGAACAACAUUUAAAUCUACUUUAUUUGUAUUAGUUGAAAGCCCGAAUGAUGAAUUUCAACUUAUUAGAGAUUUUGUAGAUGUUGAUAAUUUCCAUCGUCUAGGAACAUUUGAUAAAGAAAAAUUUAAAAAACUGCAUUAUAAAAAGAUGGUUGAAGAAUUCAAAGAUCUUUACAAAAUUAAUCAGGUAUAAUAUUAAUAUAAUGUUAAAUGUAUAAAUAUAGUACUAAAUUUAAAAAAUUAUUUUUAAUUUUAGAAGCAAAUUCGCCGUGUUAUAGAAAUUAUACUAUUGGAAGUUACUAAUCGAUUUGAUAAAGAAGAAUACAAAAAAUAUAAAGAUUUUGUGAAAUCCAGACUAAAUUGGCCAUUCCAAGUAUACAUCCAGUUAUAAAUGUCAUUAACAUAGUCAAUUUUUGACAGUAAAUAUUUUUAAAUUUUUUUUUUAGAAAAAACCAACAAAACUUAUGUUAGCAAUGCCAGCAGAAGAAAUUCAAAAAAUUCAAAAACCAGACUCUAUUGAAAAAUUAGAAGAAUUAGAUUUUGAGUUUAAGGAACUUGAGUUUUUGUAUGACAAAGUGAUCAAAAGACUAGAAAUUAAUCGUACAGCAUAAGAGUGUAUGUAUGCAAUUUAAUUUUUAAAUAAUUGUUCUGUAUAAAAUUAUUUGUAUUAUUUCCAUUUCAAUUUAUUUGAUAUGUUCCUUUUUUCAAAACAAAUUAUGUUGUUAAUUUUUCAUUUUAAUAAUAUACUAUUUGUAUUAAGUACUCAGUUUUUAAAAUAAUAUUAAAACAUAUUUCAAAAAUUUAAAAAAAAUAAAUGAAGUAACAAAAAAGUGACACUUGUUUUAUAUUCUAUACUUUAAAUUAUAGAUUUAACCUAUAUAAUAGUCUUUGUUUGGUCAACAAGUACUGUAAGUUUAAUAUAAGCAAUAGAGUCAAUUUUCAGAGUCAAUAUCUUUUAGAUGCGACUCAUUACUAACCUUUUUAAACCUUGAAUCACUAGAAGCAAUAUGAAUAAGACUAGAUUUCUGUUUUUUUUUUUAAAUUACUCAAUGGGAAUAUGUAUUGUCCAACUUUACUUGCCAAAUUAAAUUAUGUGUCAUUUCAGUCUACAAAUUAGUUUGAAUACUAUGAUUAGAUUCAUAAUAUUUGUAAAUAAGUUUAAUGUUGAUCUUUCUUUAUGUGAUUUAUUAAUGUUUCAAUAUGUAUCUAAAUCUUUUAUUUUUUAAAACCAUCAGUGUCAUAACUACAUUGUAUCAUUUUAUGUUAAUAUCUUAUUGUACGCUUGAAAAUUACUCUGCAUUUGAGUUACUUUCCAUCUAAAUAAUACAAAAAUAUAACAAAAUUUCCUCUUAUAUUUUGUGACCACUCAAAUAUAAAAAAAACCUAUUUAUAUGCUGAAUUGUAUGAAAGACCAUAACAUAAUGAUCAAUAACAUCAAUUAUUUCAAUGAGAUGAUUUACUGGUGUAGAAAUUAAUUUUAUCUUUUAUCCAUUAGACAACAAAUAAUGUUUAAUUGUAUCAAUAAUAUUUAAAAGCUCAAAUUUAGUUUCAUAAAUAUUAUCUAACAGUUGUAUGCUAUUUUGUUUAUACUGAAUUAUCAUUGUAAAUUGUAUACCAUUGAACCACAAC